UUUCCAUAAUUUUUUUAUUACUUUCCAUAAUUAGACCCGACGAUGACCUUAUAAAUAAACCUUUAACCCUCUCAUUGUUUCUCACAAUAAAUCACUCGAGAAAACAACAACAUAUCGUCGAAGAGUUCAUUUGAUUGAAUCAUCACAUCUCUCAAUCAAGAUAUGUCGAUUGUGUUAAGACACCGUUUCCUUGUCGUAGACCUUUUUGCCGUUCCGUUUCACACAAGACAUGGAAUCGCUUUUCACUACAUCGCUCGUAACUCCGUGUUACAUGUUCAUCAAAAGGUUCCAAUCCCCGGGUUGAAACGCUCACGAAAAGCUCCUUUUGAACCUUCAAAACCCUUGCAAAGUAAACCGGACCCGGUUCAAGCUCUGAGCACGAUCAUUAACAAUGUGGUGCCACUGAAUCAAGAACAAGAACUGCUUGAUGGUUCGAUCACAGUGGGUGCUGCAGCUCCAUCCCAAUCUAAACCUGAUGAUCUAGUUCAUGACAAGCCGUUACAAGCUCAGAACACGAUCAAGAAUGUGCGGUCGCAGAAACCAGAGAAAGAACGGUUUGCUAGUUCGGUCACAAUGUGUGCUGCUCCAUCGCCUAGACACGUGCCGGUUCCAAUGUUCUGUCUUAGAGAGAAGAUUAAUUAAAGGAGUUCAAGCUGUUUAUUUUUGGUUAUCUCAGUGGAAAAUCUUUCUUUUACGUUAGUGUAGUCAUGAGUACUCUCAGUAGCUACUACUGUAAAUGUAAUUGUAAAAGAUCCACAAAUCAUAAACCGUGUUUUUUCUUCUAU